GCGCUCGCGGGCCACUCUCGGCCGCCGCCCGUGCCCCGCGCGCAGCCCCGCUCCGCUCCGCGCCGCGACCGUCCACGAUGCUGCGCUGCGGCCUGGCCUGCGAACGCUGCAGGUGGAUCCUGCCCCUGCUCCUGCUCAGCGCCAUCGCCUUCGACAUCAUCGCGCUGGCCGGCCGCGGCUGGCUGCAGUCGAGCGACCACGGCCAGACGUCCUCGCUCUGGUGGAAAUGCCUGGGCGAGGGCGGCGGCAGCGGGUCCUACGAGGAAGGAUGCCAGAGCCUCAUGGAGUACGCGUGGGGACGGGCGGCGGCCGCCAUGCUCUUCUGUGGCUUCAUCAUCCUUGUCAUCUGCUUCGUGCUGUCCUUCUUCGCCCUCUGCGGACCCCAGAUGCUGGUCUUCCUCAGAGUGAUCGGGGGCCUCCUCGCCCUGGCUGCUGUGUUCCAGAUCAUCUCGCUGGUAAUUUACCCGGUCAAGUACACCCAGACCUUCAACCUGCAUCUCAACCCUGCUGUCACGUACAUCUUUAACUGGGCCUAUGGCUUUGGGUGGGCGGCCACGAUCAUCCUGAUUGGCUGUGCCUUCUUCUUCUGCUGUCUCCCCAACUACGAGGACGACCUGCUGGGCAAUGCGAAGCCCAGGUACUUCUACACCUCGGCCUAAGGCAGGCCAGAGGGGGAAGAGGAUCCUUGCCUCCGAGAUCCAUUCCAGAGGGAGAAACUGUUGCCCCAGGCUUCUCGGAACCUGUACUCCAGCAAUGUGUAUAUUAUUCAGCUAGGCACAAGUGCUCUACAUUUUUAGCUUGGGAGAGAAAAUGUUUCUUACAUGGUGUUAUAGUUUCAUAUUCAUCUUUUGUAUAUGUUUUGUGGAAUUCAACAAGACUUGUUUCUUUUCCAUAAUUACCUAGAACAUGACAAUAUUUCCUUGUGUGUAUUCCGAACAUUUGUAUUGCAUUUGGAAAAGAAUAUGAACAUGAAACUUACCACUUGCUAAAGCGAAACAGAAAGCUUCUCAGAGUUCGUGAUCUGAUCAAGUGUUUGUUUUCUUCCAGAUGGGAUGGGUCUACAAAGGGUUAGAGAGAAGGGGGGGUAUUAGUGAAAAUGUUCAGAGUCCAAACGCAAAACCAUUUUUUUCAAGCUUGCAGCUAUUUAAAGAAGCAACAUAGUUUCCUAAGUGCAUAUUGUAUGUGAGGAUUUGUCAUUACCAUCCCGAAUCUUGGCUUUCGUGUGAGCCUCACACUGACUUGCUAUGUCACAUAGGAAAGUAUUUCUUCACUACCCAAAGUCUGCGGCUGUUGCCAGGCCUCUUUGAGAAGUGAAGUGCUAGGAUGAAAUUUUCUCUUUUAGAGUAGUGUACAGGGUUAGGGUGUUGGGAAACGCUGUAUUGAUACAUCCGUACUGUUGCGUGUCUGUGUGUUCAGGACUGGUGUAGACAGAUUGAGAGAUGGGCAGUCUAGUUGACCUUGGCUGAUGGACAUGAUGAGGUCAUGUUCUAAAGCCUGUUCAUUGCCAUCACAGAAGUGUCAUCAGCACAGCCUAAGGGGAAGAAACAGUAUGGAUUCUUCAUCUCCGGUCUCACUGGGCUUGAAUCAUGCAGAGACAGCUCUAAUAGAUUGCAACUGUAAGCAGAAACAUUUAGUUAAAACCUGGUCUUCCUUGGUAAACAGACUUAACAUGACAUAAAACAUGGAACAGGAAAAUUCAGGCAGGUGACUUUCUCUGAAUGGCAAAUACAUAUUGGAUGGAUUUUUUUUUUUACCAUUUGUAUUGACAUAAUGAAAACCCAAAUCAUUUUGUAUAUCAAAUUAUUAUUUUGUAAGUUGCAGAAUAAGCCAUUGAAGUUUCCAUUAUGACUUUCCCCCCAAUAAACCAGGUCUUUAAAUCUUG